AGAUCCGGCUAAAGAUCCAUGUUUAAAGAUGAAAUGUAGUCGCCAUAAGGUCUGUGUUGCACAGGAUCAACAAACUGCUGCUUGCAUUAGUCACCGAAGACUUACACACAGUAUGAAAGAGGCUGGUUUAGGCCAUAAACAGUGGAGGGGUGGUCCCAUUUCAUCAAACUGCAAGCAGUGUCCAGUAGUUUAUACCAAUCCUGUUUGUGGAUCAGAUGGUCACACAUAUUCUUCUCAGUGCAAAUUGGACUAUCAAGCCUGUGUCUCAGGAAAAAUGAUCUCAGUGAAAUGUGAAGGACGUUGCCCUUGCCCUUCUGACAAAUCCACAAAUACAGGCAGAAAUGAUAGGAGAGUGUGCAGUGACCUGGAAUUCAGGGAGGUCGCAAACAGAUUGAGAGACUGGUUUAAGGCACUUCACGAAAGUGGAUUUCAGAAUAAGAAGAUUAGGAUUGUACAAAGGCCUGAAAGAAGCCGAUUUGAUACCAGCAUUUUGCCAAUUUGCAAAGACUCCCUUGGCUGGAUGUUUAACAGGCUUGAUACGAACUAUGACCUCCUGUUGGACCAGUCAGAGCUUGGAAGCAUUUACCUUGACAAGAAUGAACCGUGCACCAGGGCGUUCUUCAAUUCUUGUGACACGUACAAGGACAGUUUGAUAUCUAACAACGAGUGGUGCUACUGCUUCCAAAGACAGCAAGAUCCACCUUGCCAGACGGAACUCAGCAACAUUCAGAAGCAGCAAGGAGGAAAGAAGCUCUUAGGGCAGUACAUUCCUGUGUGUGAUGAAGAUGGGUACUACAAGCCAAGCCAGUGCCACGGAAGCGUAGGGCAAUGUUGGUGUGUUGACAGAUACGGUAAUGAAGUAACAGGAUCCAGAAUAAACGGUGUGGCAGAAUGUGCUAUUGAUUUAGAGACUUCAGGUGAUUUUGCCUCGGGUGAUUUCCAUGGAUGGACAGAUGAUGAAGAUGAUGAAGAUGAAAUAAUGAAUGAUGAAGAUGAAAUUGAGGAUGAUGAUGAAGAUGAAGGAGAUGAUGAUGUAGAUGAUGAUGACGACCAUGAUGGAUAUAUUUGAUAAUAUUAGGGGUCAAUGAAUUAAUUGUACCUUUCUAAAAUUCACAAAGUGACAUCUCAUAAAAUCCCUUUGCUCUGCAAGAUCAAAAGGAUUCUAACAAACAUGUAUAUUUUGUAUGAUUAUUACAACAUUGCAACUGGAGUCAUAGACUUUUUUUGUUUAAAUAAGAAUCAUUAUAUUAUGUGCUCUUGAGUUAUUAAAUGCCUUUGCGAUGAAGAAAAACACUUUGGAAGUCUAGCCUGAAGAAAGAAAUGUGAUGUGCUACUGAAAAUAUGAGUAUGCAAAACAUACUAUAAAGACAACCAGACUUU